AUGGACUCAUUUUUGGCGUUCCAUAUUUCGCAAGAUCCGUGCUUAUUGUUGAUCCAGCAACCAUACAAGUGGUAUGGCGGUGCUCAGGCAGCGAAUGGCCUCAUCUACUGUGUUCCACGCUCUGCCACCUCCGUUCUUAUCGUCGAUCCGGUCUCUCUCACGACAGAUGUGACGACGCUUGUUGUGGAGUGCCACAACAAGAUUCCCUUAUCACUACAAAAGCAUUACAAACCUUAA